AUGAAUAAUACGAAUGAGAUUGUUAAACUCGUAAAGUAUUCUCCCAAACGAGAAAAUUUACUUGGAGAGCUGAAGGAAAACCUUCAAUACAAGGACGAGGAGGAAGAAGACGCGGCGGCUGCUGCUGGACUUACAAAAUUCAGUGCAACUAGGUGGACGGUUCGAGCAAUCUGUUUUGAGAGAGUAAUUGAUAAUUAUAACGUUAUUUUAAAGCUGUGGGACGAGUGCCUCAAGACAAAACUUCCACCAGAUAUUCGUGGACGAAUCAUAGGAUGUAGCACCCAAAUGGAGUUUUUUUACUUCUAUUUUGGAUUACAUCUUGGCGUGACAAUUUUUAGGCACACGGACAAUUUGUCAGCAACUUUACAAAAGGCAAAUAUGUCAUCGAUUUCCGGCCAACAUAAUACAAGCAACAUAAUACCAGGGAAUACGAAAUGAAGAAUGUUUCAAGUCUUUCUUCCAAACCAUUUUGAAAAAGAAAGAGGCCUUGAAAGAUAUUUCGGAACCCAUAGUACCAAGAAAGGGAAAGGCAUCUGCAAGAUAUAAAGUGGGAGAAGGAGAACCUUGGUACCCUGAAACGUCGGAAGAUUUGUACAGAAAAAUCUACUAUGAAGCUCUUGAUCUGAUUGUAUCGGCCAUCAAUGAACGUUUUGACCAGCCCAUUUUUAAAGCUUAUGCAAAAUUAGAAGCACUUCUUCUAAAAUCUUUGAAAUCAGAAGACAUUUCUUAUGAAAUGGCCUUUGUAAAGGAGGUUUACCAUCAGGAUAUAAAAGUAGAGUUUCCUAUCCCACAAUUGGAAAUUUUCGAAGUAUUAAUGAAGGAGAAAAAACUAGAAUAUUUUGCUGAGGUCUUAGACGCUGUGAAAAAUUUGGAUCACAAUACCCAGCAAAUGAUCAAUGAAGUACUCACCAUAUGUAAACUCCUAUUGGUUAAUCCGGCAACCAGCGCAACUGGUGAAAGAUCAUUUUCAACCGCACGACGAAUAAAAACAUGGCUUAGAGCAAAUAUGUCCCAGAGGAGAUUCAGUCAUCUGGCGAUAUUAAAUACCCACAAAAUACGAAGUGACAAUAUACGGUUAUUGGACGUAGCCAAUGUAUUCGUGUCCAAGAAUGACAACAGAAAACGUAACUUUGGUUCAUUUACGGAGCAGGAUCUCUGUUACAAUCUCAACAAUAAUCUUUAA